GCGCACAUUCACUUUCACAAGCACAAAGAGAUAACUGUACAAAUGUUACGAUAAUGUACGAUUAAUUUUAGUUUCGUUUGGUAAGAACUGGCAAAAACUAAUCUCAUGACGAAAUUAGUGUCUCUUAUUAUCAUUGCGUCAACAUAGCAAUAUCGGAUAUUUUUAGUGUAUAAUAAUAAGUAUAACAAUCGCGCGCAACGCAGAAAUUACGAAAAGAAAAAAGAAAACAUAGAUAACGGCCGAGGUACACUUGAGCAACCAUGUAGCGUCUUAUACACAAAUUCCUCUCUCUCUCUCAAGUAUUGUUUUUCUCUUUUAACGAAUGAAAAUAUAUUGAGCAAUGUUGCUUUUGCGAUUGACGUCGUUCGUAAUCUUUUUUUUCGUUGGGCGAAAAGCAGCAGCACGAAAGCAGCAAUUUUCUCAAUCGAACGCGCGAUGCACGCGGACGCGGACUGAUAUCGCGGGCGAGAGAGAAGUUAGCGUCGAGAAAAGUGACGAUGCAUUGGCAAGUUCUUUGAUAAUGUAUAUGUUGUAAACAGUGUAAUUGUAAAGAAUGAACCACACUAGCAGAAUAGCUAGCGCGAUACCGCGCGCGAGUCGUGAACCGGGGGGGAGACUGUAGUUCAAUCUUCGCUAAUACUGCAGUCGCGCACAAGCGUCACAAGCUGACUCGGUGAGGCGCACGAGAUGCUUCGUUUAGCAAGGAACAAGUUACCUAAAUGGGGUCUCAGAAAUAAUCGAGCGGUCGCUACAUUCAAAGAGAACGAGACAAAGAGCAUCGACGUACCCAGCAAUGCAGAUGUUGUAAUAAUAGGCGGUGGCAGUGCUGGUUGCAAUGCACUUUAUCAAUUAGGAAAACGUGGAGUCAAUGCGGUACUCUUGGAAAAAUCGAAGCUCAUAUCCGGCACAACGUGGCACACAGCAGGUCUCCUGUGGCAUCUACGCGGGAUAUGCGACGUAGAGACGGAAUUGCUAAAAACUUCGCGAUUGAUUUACUCGUCCUUGCAAGAAGAGACAGGUAUAAAUCCAGGAUGGAUAGACAACGGUGGACUCUGCAUCGCUCAUUCUCGCGAGCGAGUGGCCGAUUACGAGAGAUUGAUUACGAGCUGCAAGAAUUUCGAUAUCGAGGCGUACAUGAUCGAUCCGGUCGAGGCGACAGAAAAAUUUCCUCUCCUGGAUAAAAAUGCGUUUCAAGCUGCGAUAUAUUCUCCGGCGGACGGCACGAUAGAUCCUGCCAUGUUGGUAAAUGCGUUGACAAAAUCAGCAGAAAAAAACGGUUGCAAGGUCAUCGAAGAUUGUCCGGUCACUAAAAUUCUCGUGGAGGAUUCCGACAGUCAUAAAACCGUUCGCGGAGUGGAAACGCCUUACGGCAUUAUAAAAACCAACGUCAUACUAAACGCGGCGGGAGCGUGGUCCGGAACAAUAGCGCGAAUGGUCGGGCUGGACAUCCCGUUGGUACCGAUGAAACACGCGUACAUCGUCACCGAGCCGAUGAACGUGCGAGGACUGCCAAAUAUUCGAGACCCCGAUUUUAACGUCUACUUUCGGGUGCAGGGUGGAAAUAUAAAUAUCGGAGGAUACGAGCCAAAUCCUAUCAUAUUGAAAUUUCCGCCGGAGGACUUCUCCUUUAGCCUGUACGAGCUGAACUGGGACGUAUUCAAUACUCAUGUGGAGGCGAUGAAUCGGUUGAUCCCCUCCUUGGCAUCCGUUGGAAUAAGAACAACGGUGUGCGGCCCAGAAAGUUUCACCCCCGACCACAGACCUAUCAUGGGUGAGGACCCACGCUGCACAGGUCUUUAUUACUCCUGCGGAUAUAAUAGCGCCGGGAUGAUGUUUGGAGGUGGUUGUGGAGAACAAAUAGCAUUGUGGAUAAUUAAUGGACGACCGGACAAGCACAUGUUCCUUCAGGACAUCAGGCGAUUUAUACCAGAACAAAGAAAAAAUUCAAUUUGGGUGAACGAACGGAGUCAUGAGGCUUACGCAAAAAAUUACAAUAUUGUUUUCUCACAUGACGAACAUUUAAGCGGCAGAAACUUGAAGACAGAUCCUUUCCACAAUUUUCUUGUCAACGAAGGUGCUGUCAUGGAAGAACGGCAAGGAUGGGAACGUCCAGGAUGGUUUCUACCGGAUAACAAAACGGCUCCGAUUUUACCUUACGAUUAUGGUGGCUAUUACGACACGCCAAAGAACACGAACGACACAUAUGCCGAUAUAUUGAAAACAGAAUGUACAUUUGAUUUUUCACCCCACGAGAGUAUCAUACGGGAGGAAGCGCUCGCCUGUAGAAAUAACGUUGCCUUAUUCAACAUGUCGUACUUCGGGAAACAUUAUUUAUGUGGCCCAGACGCGAAAAAAGCGGUGGAUUACAUAUUUACGGCUCGGGUGGAUCGGGAGAUUAACAGAACCGUGUACACCUGCAUGUUGAAUAAAAAAGGAGGUGUGGAAGGCGACUGUACGGUAACUGGUCUGGAAUCCGGCUCGGGUGGCGUAGUCGAUCCCAUAUUUAAGGGAAAAGCAUUUUACAUAGUGAGCGGAGGCAUGUCGUCGUAUCACACUUGGGCACAUAUCAGCAAAGUAAUAAGAGAUAAAGGUUUCCACGUGUCUGUGCACAAUGUCACAGAGCAGAUAGGAAUUUUAUCGGUUCAAGGUCCUAACAGCCGCCAGGUACUUCAAACGUUGAUCGACGACGAUCUCUCGAACAAAUCGUUUCCGUUCUCAACUUCGAAACUAGUGCGAAUAGAUGGCGAGCUCGUGCACGUGUUCAGACUUAGUUUCGUGGGUGAACUCGGUUUCGAAUUGCAUAUUCCAAGAAGUUCGUGCGAAAAGGUUUACAAAGCUUUGAUGGAAUGCGGUAAAAAGUACGAUAUGAAAUUAGCCGGCUUCAGAGCGCUCUACAGUUUAAGUUGCGAGAAAGGCUAUCAUCUCUGGGGCUCAGACUUGAGAAUAGAUGACAAUCCGAUAGAAGCGGCCUUAGAAAUCGUCUGCCGCAAAAACGGCAAGUACUUAGGAAAGGCAUCUGUCGAACAGUGCCGUAAAAAUGGAAUUAAAAAAAGACUGGUACAUUUACACACAACUGAUGAAAUACCACUGUGGGGUAUGGAGAGCGUCUACAGAAACGAUCAAUUAGUUGGUUAUCUAAGGAGAGCUGAGCAGGGUUAUACCUUUAAGAAGAACAUUGGACAGGCAUUCAUCACAGCUCCGAAUGGGCAAAACGUUACGAAGGAAUUUUUAGAGACGGGCACUUACCAGAUCGCAGCGAGAAGGAAAAAAUAUCCCGCGAAGAUGUAUCUUGAAAGCCCGUUCGAUCCGCAGAACAAGAGGUUGCUAGGUGUAUACACAAUAUAAAAAUACUCUUUAUCGAUAUUACUUCUUCUGAUUUUAAACCAUCUGCGAAAAGCAAGAUGUAUGUCUUAAUAAUCAUGAACAUUUUAUAUUUUUUUUCAUACAUAAAAAAACAGUAUAAAUUA